UGCCAGGGAGAAUUUGGAAAUUCCGCUGAUGUGACCUACUUGACUGCUGGGAAAUGCCGAAUAUCUGGGAAUCCCUUUCUAGGGCUAUAAAACAGAGAAUCUUCUCUCAACACUUUCACUCUAAGCUCCACACACAUUUUCACUUUCACAGAAAUCUCAACGAACCGUUGGAGCUGAUCAUCUCUGGAUUUAUAACCUAUUCAUUUCCCUCACACUCUGUUUAUGAUGGCAUUUUUACCCAAAACUCUCCUUCUGCUGCUGGUUGUAGUAGUUUGUAUCCAGUUAAGUGGAGUUUUAGCGCAAACGGUUCCUGACAGGUGCUGGUGUUUGAAAACUUUGAAGAAGCGUGUCCCAAAGGAGGAUGUUGUGGAAUUCUCAAUAUUUCCUCGAAGAGCACGCUGCAACAACAUUGAAAUCAUAUUGACACUAAAACCUGUAAAUUCAACUAUACCUUCAACAACAACAGAACAAAUCCAACGCUGUUUAAGUCCAGAGACCAGGCAGGGCAUUAACCUACAGCAUUGCUGGCAAAGGAAAAACACAAAUGGCACCAGGAGCACAGUUAAGAUGUCUGAGUGUUUCUAAAGCCAUAAAGGACAGAUGAACAGAGGGGGGAUUUGGAAACUCUAGAAUCCCUGUGAGCUGAAUUCCAUCCGGUCACAUGACCCGCCGAUGUCCAAUCAGAAUCCUGGGAUCAGAGUUUUGGACUCAUGCAGCUGAAGGGAAAUCACGAGACCCUAAAAGCUCCAGGAGCACUGCCAGUAACUUCCAGAUGUAGACGUUUUUGGCUAAAGCAUUCAAUUUCAGAUUCACUUGCUGUGAGACUGUAGCACUGACUGCAAUAUGAUUACAACUGAAUGUUAAGCAGUAUUUAAAUGAAUUUAUUUAAGCUGUAUUCAAUUGUUUAACUUAUAUUUUUAAUGUAAUGCGAAAUGUUAAUAUAAUGUGUAUUUGUUACAGAACGUGUUAUUUCUGCCUGAUCUGACCCUUAAAAAUGACUUUCAUUUAUACAAAUAAUUUGUCUUAAAGAAAUAAAGGCAAAACAUCAGUACAAGAAAGGUACACGUAUCUGAAAAGAGUAACACCUGUAGGUUAACUGAUAUUUUUACUGUGUCGUUUUGUAUUGUUUUGUAAUUUUGUAAUAAACUUUA